AUGACGGACACCGUUGCUACAACUCCGGCUCCAGUCGCCGCAUCGCCGGCCGCGAAGAAGUCUCCUGCCACGAAGAAGUUGUCGGCUUCUAAAGUCAAG